UGAGCUGAGCUCGUGGAGUCAGAAGAGACCGAUUUUUGUCUUUAGAAAGUAGGCAAAGUGGAACAAUAGAGAAGGUGUUGAGAAGCACAGAAAGGGUUGGGGAUAGAAGGGGUUUAGAGAGCACAGGGUGUGUGUGACGGGAAAACGCAGAGGGGAGGAGGAGAGACGGCGUGUCAGGUGGUGAGUCAGGCUGGAGCUGCUCUUUAACAGCGAGAGGAAGCGGAUCCGGAGCUGAAUAUGAUGGUGAUGAUGAUGAUGAUGAUGUGCUGUGUGUCAUGGCCAGCGGGACCGGUGCGAUCAUGUUGAAGUGUGUAGUGGUCGGCGACGGCGCCGUCGGCAAAACUUGCCUCUUGAUGAGCUACGCCAACGACGCGUUUCCAGAGGAAUAUGUGCCCACUGUGUUUGAUCAUUACGCAGUGAGUGUGACAGUUGGGGGAAAGCAGUACCUUCUUGGGCUGUAUGACACUGCUGGUCAGGAGGACUAUGAUCGUCUCCGUCCCCUGUCUUACCCCAUGACGGAUGUCUUCCUGAUUUGCUUCUCGGUAGUGAAUCCGGCCAGUUUCCAGAACGUGAGGGAGGAGUGGGUCCCUGAGCUGCAGGAGUAUGCACCCAACGUCCCCUACCUGCUCAUUGGCACUCAGAUUGAUCUGAGAGAUGACCCCAAGACCAUCACAAAGUUGAAUGAUGUGAAGGAGAAGCCCAUAAUGACAGAACAGGGGCAGAAGUUGGCAAAGGAGAUUGGUGCCUGCUGUUACGUGGAGUGCUCAGCCCUGACACAGAAAGGUUUGAAGACAGUGUUCGAUGAGGCUAUUAUCGCCAUUUUGGCUCCCAAGAAAGGUGUGCUGAAGCGACGUCUCGGCCCACGGUGCAUCAACUGCUGCCUUAUCACGUGAGCAUCCUGUCACACACCAGCUCAGGGACAAUUCGGUGUCAGAGCUACAACACGUCCCACGAAAUAAAAAGAGGGCGAUUUUAAAAAUCAACCAGAGCGCAACCUUGCCAUAAACAGAUGGCGAAAAAAAUUGAAACACAUUCUGGAGUAGGUGAGGGGGGAAAAAAAACACAGGUAUGAAAUUCUUUACUGCUUAGAAAAUAGGAACAACUGCAAGUCUGGAAAGGAGGGAGUGAAUGAAUGAGAACAACAAAAAGCAUGCGUCUGCGAACUAGUGACCAAGGAGGACACUAAACAUGAACGAGACGACACCAGAUUAAAUCACACAGAAGCACAGAAAAUUUAAACUUGCAAGGGCAAGACAAUGAAUGGCACACUACAACAAUCCUGAUGAUUGAAAACACUCUGACUGUAUUUCUAGUUUUGCUUCUGCAGGCAUGUGUGGUCUGGAGAGAAAAUGCAGACAGCCUAAAGAGCACAACCAAACACCCCAGAAAUUUACAGAAGCAAGACUUUAUUUCUCAAAAAAAAAGGGAACCUGCAUCUGGCAACAUGGGGUUGCAAAAUGAAUGCAUUUUACAGAGAAUUUCUCUUUCCAGUCUGGGGUUUCUCCAGGAAAGAUGAGACCGAAAUGAUCAAGUAUACAUGUAUAAAGCCACUGCAACAAUUGAAGGAACAAAUAAUUUAAAAUAUACUUUCUGUUGCUGCAUUUGACCUCACAGGACCUUUAAAAGAGCUGGUGCAAGCAUGAGGAACUUGUAGGGUGAUGAUUUACAACACAGCCCUUGGUGGACACUCGUGCAGAGUGUGGCCUGUGCCUAUAAAUGCCUGUCCCUCAUUUGAGUUUGUAGGUGAGCUGCUUGCGAUGCCAACGGAUCCAGAUCGGAGCGGCUAGAAGUCCUGUCAGAAAUCCUCCUGUCGCCCCAAGGGAACAGGAAAUUGGCCACACCUAGAGGGAGGAGCCACAGAAAAGCUCGAAUCAGCAACAACCAAUCAGCUCUGUAACUGCACAACUCACUGGCUGCAACCAACAAGAUCACUGUGGUGUUUUAAUGGUCAACUUUCAUACCCAAAGCUUUAAACUGUUCUUUCUUUUCUUUUUUAAAUGCACCUAGCUUUGAUUUGUAUGUGUUUUUGAAGCCUCAGCUCAGAUUUAUUUUGCAUUUUCAAACUAUAUCGAGUACUGAAUUGAAGCAUCACUAGCUAUUUUCAAUGGAUUUUUAUUGCACAGUAAAUGCAAUCAGUGAUUUGAGUGUUUUUGCAGCUUCCAAAAUGAAAUGAUUUUUUUUUUUAAAUAAACAAAGCUUUAUGAAUAUUGUGGAUUAAAUACCUAGUGAGUUGCAAAUGGGAAACUCCAUGAAGUCUAUUAAAUGGUGCGAAUUAUUUUCUUAACGUAAAAAAGUUA